AUGACCGAACAAAAGACCAUCGCCAUCGUCGGCACCACCGGCUUCUUAGGCCCCUACAUCACCGCCUCUCUCCUCCAAAAACACCCCCAAGCCACCAUCCUCUGCCUAAACCGUAGCAAAGACGCAGAACAACGCACCACCUCGUCUCUCACCCGCAUCAGCAACGAAGACCUCACCCGCCUCACCUUCACAACAACCGACAUCACACUCCCUAACCUCGGCCUAUCCCCCACCCAAUACACACACUUCACGACCAACGUCUCAGAAAUCGUUUUCAAUGCGUGGAACGCAAAUUGGGCGACGCCUCUCAUCGGCUACCUUCCCCUCCUUAACGCUGUUCAACACGUUAUCACUGCAUGUAUCGCCAGUCCCCUAAACCCACGCGUAACCUUCAUGUCCUCGAACACUUCGAUAAUGAAUCACCCAACCCGGCACCCUUCCACACCGCUCAUCCCCGAAGUCCCCGCCUGGGACUUUGCCAGUGCAGCGAACACGGGGUAUGGUCAGAGUAAAUGUCUCGCGGAGCAACUUCUCGCUCGAGCAGGUCAACAGCACGGGUUACGCGUCGCUAUCGUACGCGCAGGUCAGAUUGGGGGCGCGUCGUCUGCUUUGCCUGAAGCACCGCAGUGGCCGAUUCAGGGCUGGUUGUGGGUGAUUUUCAAGACAAGUCAGAAACUGGGGUACUGGCCCGUGAGGAUGAAUGCUGUGGAUUGGAUUCCGGUGGAUUCGUUGGCGGAAGGGAUUGCCAAUGUCACUUUAUCACAGCAGAGCACAUCUGCAGACAAUGUUAAAGUGUACAACAUGAUGCAUCCCCGUCCCGCGCCUUGGGUGCUGUUGCAGAAGGUGUUGGUUGGGCGGUUUGGACUUGAGGUUAGGGAGUGUAGCUUGCCGCAGUGGUUGGGGAUGUUGGAUCCACAGAAGUUUAAGAUGCAUGCGUUUUUGAUGGAGGGUGGGGAGGGGAGGGAGGGCGAGGCGUUGGUUUUUAGGAAUGAGAAUGCGAGGGAGAUGUUGCCGGAGGUUGAAGGCGUUACGGAAGAGCUUGUCGAGAAGUGGUUGAGGGGGUGGGGUUUGAGGCUGGAGGACGUGAGGGCGAGGCUGUGA